CUCGUUAGUUAUCAUUUGGAGAAUACUAUGGCGCUAGUUUUAAACAAACAUGUUGCGACACAGAAUACAGAAAAACACAUAUAUUUACACUUUCCUUCGGAAUCAUUCCUCUCUAGAAAAAGAUAGAGAGAUAUACAGAUAUAUUAUGCUUAACAUCACUUCAUUGGUUGAUUAAGAGAUUGUACGUUACAAACAGAAAAUACAGAUUGGUUGGAACUUUAUGCUAAAAAUAGAUUAAAAGAAGCUCAGCCAUUCAUAAUUGAUUGUAUUCAAUUUUGUACAAAACAAGAGACAUUAACAUUGUAGCAAACCACACAUUGAAGCUUCAAUUAGAAGCAAAAGAUAUAUAGAUGAUAAAAUGCUGAGUUAGGAAUUUCCAGAAAAUUUAUUUUGAUGUCAACUAAAAUGAGUACCAAUUCCUUGGUAAAUUACAGGUAUCUUGGAAAAUCUGGCCUGCGAGUAUCUUGUGUAGGCCUAGGAACAUGGGUGACCUUUGGAGGUCAGAUAACAGAUGAUAUGGCUGAAGAGAUUUUGACCUUGGCAUAUGAAAGUGGAAUUAAUUUCUUUGACACAGCUGAGGUGUAUGCAGCUGGAAAGGCAGAAAUCCUGUUGGGAAAAAUACUGAAAAAGAAAACCUGGAGAAGGUCAAGCUACAUCAUAUCAACAAAACUAUACUGGGGUGGAAAAGCAGAAACAGAAAAGGGUUUGUCACGAAAACAUAUUAUUGAAGGUUUAAAAUCUUCAUUAGUAAGACUUCAGUUAGAUUAUGUAGAUAUAGUAUUUGCUAACAGACCAGACUCACACACUCCAAUGGAAGAAAUUGUUCGGGCUUUCACAUAUGUGAUAAACCAAGGUUGGGCUAUGUACUGGGGUACAUCACGUUGGUCCCCAACAGAGAUAAUGGAGGCCUAUUCUGUAGCUCGUCAAUUUAACCAGAUCCCUCCAAUAGCUGAGCAAGCUGAAUAUCACUUGCUACAAAGAGAGAAGGUAGAACUACAAAUGCCAGAACUCUAUCAGAAAAUAGGUGUUGGUACCAUAACCUGGUCACCACUGGCAGGUGGUAUACUGACAGGGAAAUAUGAUGAUGGUGUACCGAUUUAUUCCAGAGCAGCUUUGAAGGGUUAUUCAUGGUUUAAAGACAAAAUUUUGGGUGAGGAGGGAAGAAGACAACAGGCCAAGUUAAGGGAGGCAGCCAUUAUAGCAGACAGAUUAGGAUGUUCUAUGUCACAGUUAGCAUUAGCUUGGGUAUUAAAAAAUGAAAAUGUACAGUGUGUAUUGCUAGGAGCUUCUACAGUAGAUCAACUUUAUCUUAACAUUCAGGCUUUACAGUAUGUACCCAAAUUGUCAGGAAGUAUUAUGCAAGAGUUAGACAAGAUUUUAGGGAACUCACCAAAACUGAAGAAAGAAAGUAAUAUGAGAAACUGGUUACAAAGAUCAACAAGCAAGCCUUAGAAUUAACUUUCCCAUAUAAAUAGGUAACCAUGGUAACUGAAUAUACCAAACAUGGAUGUAUCACUGAAAGAAUAAGAGAUUGCAAAACAUUGAAAAAGUUUGGAAUUCUGGUGAUCAGUGAUAGUUUACCACAGAUCUUUUGGAAUUCUGGUGAUCAGUGAUAGUUUACCACAUAACUUUUGGAAUUCUGGUGAUCAGUGAUAGUUUACCACAGAACUUUUGGAAUUCUGGUGAUCAGAGAUAGUUUACCACAGAUCUUUUGGAAUUCUGGUGAUCAGUGAUAGUUUACCACAGAACUUUUGGAAUUCUGGUGAUCAGUGAUAGUUUACCACAGAUCUUUUGGAAUUCUGGUGAUCAGUGAUAGUUUACCACAGAUCUUUUGGAAUUCUGGUGAUCAGUGAUAGUUUACCACAGAUCUUUAUUGCAUUUUAUGUAUUACCUGAAUAUUAAGGCAUGUAGAAUAUGUAGAUUUAGAUUUUUGAAAAAUACAUUCCAUUUGUAGACAAUGCAAGAAAGAGAACUUUAAUGGAAAAUGAAUUAAUUAGUUCAAUGCUUUGAAGCUAUGAAGAAGAACAUUCUCAGCAUCAAAUCUGUUUAAAGUUGUCUUGACAUGAUAUUGUAUGAUGUGUUCUCCAAGUCAAACUUUAAUAGUACAGUACUGACCUAAACUUCUUCCAAUUAUGAAGGAGUAAAUUGCCAAGGACAACUCAAAGUGAAAGUUUUUUUUUCCAGUGUGAAAUGACUUUUCAAAUAUGAAAAUAAAAAAGUGUGAAAUAUUACAUAAUUUUAAUUUAUUAGUUGGAAAUUUAGCCAAAAUCUAAUGGAUCAUGCAAAUACUACAGUACCCAGUACUGCAUGACUUGGUGGUACUCUUUAAAUGUAUGGAAAAAUUAAAAAUUACCGCAUAAUUCAACCUGGUGAUGUGGGUGGGAAUUUUUUCAGGCCUGUCUAAAUGUGCAGGGAAAAAAAAUAGAACAUAAAGAUGCAUAUUUUGAUAUUCAGAUGUGGUUUGAUAGUUUUCAUCUUUUUGGUGGUUGAAAUCAUGAUAUCAAAUUUUCUCUCUGUUCUUGGUUGUUCAAUUGAGACAGUAUGACUUGAAAGGGGACCAUGCCUGAUGAUGUCACACCAAAAGAACAGACAUCUUAUCUUGUUCAUAUAUUGUUAGAGGGGCAGAUACUGCCACACAUGAUAUGAUAGUUCUCUAGUAAACAUUUCACAUACUUGACUUGUGUUUUUAAACAAGUUUGCUAAAACAUUUGACUGCUGUGUAUAUUUUUCCAAACCUGUUUAAUUCUAUUUUGCCAUUGUAAGUACAGGUAUUUGAGCCCAUAAAGUUGCCCAUGAAAGGGGAUCAAGGGUAAGGAAUAAUGGAUAUUUUGAGUUCUAUUUACUAACAGUGACUUAUUAAUUUGAUCAGUUAACUAAGAGUGAUACCUUGGACGUGGCCCUCAUCAAAGGACUUAUCUGUGUGCCAUACUCUAAAUUAAUGCAAUGAUAUUCUGGCAAGAAAGUUAACUGUCACAUCUAUUUUCCUAAUAGCAGAUGCUGACGUAACAGAGAUAAAGUUCGUAACAGAGAGGGACUAAGUAAAAUAAGUUGAAGACCUGUAUAUUUCUGUCAAACACCCAAACUUUGUACCAUUUAAUAUCUUGAGAGAAACAUGCCAUAAGUUAUGCAAUUAAUUUAUUUAUUUUGACAAAAAAAUUGAACAUAUGUUUUAUGUCUCACAUCUGCUGGCAUGACACAUGGGAACGUAUACAAAAAAAACGUUUUUUCAAUAUUUUGCUCAAAACCUUUUGAAUUUAAUUAGUUUUGAUACUAUUUUGACAAACUUAAUCAUUUAUAGCUAACAUUAAAAAGUUGAAAACCAGUUAAAAAUGAAAGAUAAGUUCAAAAAGACUGAUCAAUGUAUGAUCAACUAAUCAGCAGUUUUUUUUUUGGUUUUUUUUUGUGGGGGGGGGGGGGGGGGGGCAAAUAACCUUGUUUUGGUUACAGGGUAUCCAAGCUUGUUUUUACAGUAAUUACUAUUUGUGUCUCUUUUAUCACUGGAUAAGGAUUGCCAGUUUUCUUGUCAAAGGUUGCCAGUGUUUUCUUGUCAAAGGUUGAUGGUUUUCUCCAAGCACUCGGUUUCCUUCACCAACAAAAACUCUCCAAUAGUGCUUAAAGUUGCAUUUUACACCAACAAUCAAUCAAUCAAUGACCAGAAAAGAAGUGUGUCUUUUUGAGGGAAAACAGUCUGGUCAAAUAUGAUUGUCCAAGGACUCCAAACCUGGGGUUUUUUUCAUAAUCACAUGAAAUAUUCUGCAGAUAUGUUUCAGUGUAACUAUAUCUGGACAUUUAUUAAAAGAAAAAUAUUUGUCUGGCAAAUAUGACUGUUUUCAAACUUUUUUUUUAAAGUUUAAUAAUUUAACUAUCUGACUCAUUUUCCAUUACCAAAAUUUAAUAUGCUAGUAGAUUUAAGAUGGUUGUGUGAGGUUAAACAUUCCUGCCUUCCUAUUAUGGAUUCAGUAUUUUUUUGAAGAAAAAUAUCUACCACUUGUUACUAUUGCUCAUAAAUUACUGUUGCUAUUUGUUAAUAAUAAUUGUAUACAAAAUUGAUUGUAUUAUUAUUGUAGAGUGAGCAAUAUUCACACUGAAUUAUGUCCAUGAUGUAAGAUGUCAAUGUUUAACAAGCAGAGUAUAUAUAUACACGUUGUAUAUAUCUAUUUAAUUUCCAGCUGUUAAAUUUUGAGUAAUAAGCCAUCACUGCCAGCAUUAGACAAAUGGAAUAUUAUGUACCAUGACAACUUGAUAGGAUUUUGAAUGAUUCCAAUUUGAAAACUUUGCAUGUGGGGACUGAAAGAUGUAUAAAAUUUCACAUUUGAAGGCAUUUUUGCACUUUACCUUCCCCAUCAUUACCCAUCCACCCCAAGUUUCCUGAUUUUGAUGCCAUUUUUAUGCCUAGCCUUCAAUAGAUCAGGGCAUUAUUCUUCAUAGUCUCUUUGUCUGUCCCAUAUAAGGUAAAAGUUUUGGUUAAGGGUAGGUUAAUGCUUUAAUUAAGAAAUUUUUCCAUGAAUUUGUGGUCACAUCAACUUAAAACUUACUUCUCAUUUUCAUUAUGCUGUUAACUUUGAAAAAUAUAUAUAUUAGGGUUUAGACCCAGAUUGCACAGUUCACUGUCAGGUUAUGUUUUUGGAUUAAUGAAGUUUACCAUAAAAUUUAGGAUAUAAUGUGUACUUUAAAAUAUAUAUUAGGGUUUGGACCAAGAUUUCGCAGUUCAUUGAUUAGUUUAAAGUUUUGUUUAAGGUAGGUUAAGGUUUUGGUUUAAGGUAGGUUUAAGUUUUGGUUAAGAGUUUUAGUUAAAGAUAGGCUAAAGUUUUAGUUAAAGGUAGGUUAAAGUUUUGGUUUAAGAUAGGUUAAACAUUUGGUUAAAGGUAGGUUAAAGUUUUGGUUUAAUGAAGGUUACAGACGAGGUUUAAGGUAGUCUAGCAUGAUCAACUUGAAACUUAGGACAAAUGUUCACUUUGAUAUAAAACUUAAAAAAUAUAUGCCAAACUAUGAUUUAGACCCUGAUUUCAAUGUUCACUGAUCAUGAACAUAUGAUGGGGCAGUUGGACAUGGUAUAGACAUAUAUUCUUGAUUUUCUUCCUAUGUGAGGAUUGCCUGAUACUAUAAAUGGUUGAAUAAGAAAUAUAAUAAAAUGUACAAAAAUGUAAGAUUAAGUAUUUAAUAGUGUUAACUUAUUAAAAGUUUAUUUAUAAUUGUAUAUGUGUAUAAGUCCUGUUGUAGAUUUGAUUAUUGAUGUAUAUUUUACCAUACAUAUCUCAUUCAAAGGUUGUGAAUAUUAUUUAAGGAUUGUUUUAACUGUAAUAUAUUUAAAUGACCUAGCAAAAUGUAUAUAAUCCUCAAUUUUUAUAAUUUAUGCUAUAUUGAAUUUUAAAAAUGAAUAAUAAAUGGACAGCAAAAUGAA